CCAAGGUCCCUUCCAACUUUACUACUAUUACUAUUACUAUUAGCAACUAAUGCAGCUCAGAAAAAAGCAACGACGCAGGGACAUAACGAGAAGCUGAAACCGAAAGCGAAAGCAACUUGUUGGGGGAUUUUUUCGGCUCUGUGCUGUGAGCCUUGUGUACAAGAGAGGGAAAACCCAGCCCGGCACGGCUGAAGUGAGGCAUCGGAUCCAGAAGGAUCAAAAGCCCGGCAUGGAAGGACUUUCCUGGCCGCUGCUGGAAGAGCCCAUCAGAAAGAUGCUGGUCCCUGUCGUGUUUCAGGCAAUUCCCCUGAUUCUCUGUGACCGAAUCCUGCUCUCCUUGCUGAAUGGAUGGAGCCCCUCCCUGGUCCCACUGGGGGUCUCAGCAGCUUGGCUGGAGGCCGCUCUCCGACUGCUGGUUCUCUUCGGGGUCAGGGGUCUGUUCUCCAUGGGUCGAACCUCCCCGAUGUCCUUCUCCACGGUGGCUGCAGUCAGCAUCGUGCCCCCUUUCUACCUGUUGGUGGGACACUGGCUUGGGGACCCUCCCCUCCUGGUCUCUUCGGCCGCGUGGUCUUGGUGGCUGGCAAUCUACGGGGCGGUGGGCUUCUCCCAGCUCCUCUGGGGGAUCCUGGCAGAAGGGCGAAGCCCAAAGGAGUCCCGGAAAGAAGACAAAGCCACCCUUUGGAAGAUGCUCCAUCUUUUCCGUCCAGACAAGCUGUAUCUCACUGGCGCUUUCUUGUUCCUCGUCCUGGCGGUGAUUGGUGAAACAUUCCUGCCCUAUUACAUCGGGCGUUUGAUUGACAUCCUGGGCACCAAAUACGAUGCAGAAGCCUUUUCCACAGCCAUCUCUCUACUCUUCCUGAUCUCAUUUGCAAGCUCCGUGUUUGCCAGCUGUCGUGGGGGACUCUUCAUGUUCACGAUCUCACGGAUGGUUAUCCGGACUCGCAACUUACUCUUCUCUUCUCUGGUGAGGCAAGACCUGGCCUUCUUCCAGGAGGUGAAAACAGGAGCGCUGGCCUCCCGCCUUUCCAAAGACACAACUAUGAUGAGCCACUCGGUGCCACUCAACACCAAUGUCUUCCUGCGCACCCUGAUCAAGGCCGUUGGGCUCUACGUAUUCAUGAUUGGCCUGUCCUGGCGCCUGACGCUGCUAAUGCUGAUCGAGACCCCACUCAUGAUGGCCGUUCAGAAGGUCUACGAUGUCCGUCAUCAGGCUUUACUGAAGGCGAUCCAGGACUCGGUGGCCCGCUCAGAGGAGGUGGUGUAUGAGGUAAUCUCGUCCGUGCAGACUGUGCACAGCUUUGCCACUGAGGAGAAGGAGUCGCAGCGCUACGAGGCGUCCUUGGAGGACACCUGCCAGCUGAAGAAGCAAAGGGACGUGGAAAGGAUUGUUUACGUAUUCGUUGCCCGGGUCCUCCGAUUGAGCAUGAAGUUGAUCCUGCUUUACUGUGGUUACCAGCAGAUCCUCACUGGCUUCAUGACCGAAGGAAACUUGGUCUCCUUCAUCCUCUACCAGACACACAUAGGGCAGUGUGUACAGGGCCUGAUUUACGCUUACGGGGAUGCCCUGAGCAAUGUGGCCGCAGCAGAAAAAGUAUUUGAAUAUCUUGACCGGAAACCUUCUGUCAGCACAGAAGGGACGUUGUCUCCAAAAUCCCUCUCCGGAUGCAUCUCCUUCCAAAAUGUUUCCUUCUGCUAUCCCUCCCGCCCCGAGAUCCAGGUCCUGAAGAAUGUCUCCUUUGAGCUUCGCCCUGGGGAAGUGACGGCGUUGGUAGGCCUGAACGGCAGCGGGAAAAGCAGCUGCGUCGCCCUCCUGGAGCACUUCUACGAACCCCAGUCUGGGGAGGUCCUGCUGGACGGAGUCCCAGUUGGGAAAUAUGAACACAAGUAUCUCCAUAGGCAGGUGGCCCUAGUGGGCCAGGAGCCCGUCCUUUUCUCCGGGUCCAUUUGGGACAAUAUCACCUACGGCCUGCAAGGCUGCAGUGAGCAAGACGUGAGCAAAGCAGCGAAAGAAGCUGAUGCCCUGGGAUUCAUCCGUGAGCUGGAAGGAGGCUUCACUGCAGAGGUGGGGGAGAAAGGGGGCCAGCUGUCCGUGGGGCAGAAGCAACGGCUGGCCAUCGCCCGGGCCCUGAUCCGUGACCCCAAAGUGUUGGUGCUGGAUGAAGCCACGAGCGCCCUGGACCCCGAGAGCGAAGCUGCAAUCCAGCAUUCUGUGCAGACUCGUGGAGCCCUGACGGUGCUGGUGAUUGCUCACCGGAUGCAAACGGUGGAGAACGCAGACAAGAUUGUGGUACUGGAAGAAGGAGAGGUUGUGGAGGAGGGGACUCACACGGAGCUGAUGGGCUGGAGAGGCCCCUACUACAGACUUGUGGAAAGGACCCAGGCAGAGUGACCUCUGGAGUUGCAAUGGAGAUGUGCAGCCACAGGAUCCACUGAUUUUGUAGAUGGCAAAUGCAUGAUGGGUGGCGGAGAUAGACAACAGCACUCUCCUAUGGGAAGAGAAUGACCCAGAAGGACAAAGUAGACUGUUCGUCAGCUCUUGGCUAGUCAAGGGUGGCUGAAUUGCAGCCAUUUGCUAGGACAGUGAUGGCAAACCUUUUAGAGACCAAGUACCCAAAACCUGCCCCCCACCCCUGGCCCCGCUCUGUCUGCUGGACCAUCCACCACCUCCACGGCCUGCCACAGAUCACCCAGGCAGCCCAGUAGCGCCAUGGUGGCCACACCCUAGGCCUGUGCCCUGCAGCAUCAUCUGCGUGCGAUGGGGCACAAGGGCGGAGUCUUAUCCCCACUGCCCGGCUACCAUGUCCUUGGCUACGCUGCUUUGCGUGGGCUGUGCCCAAGGGCGACUCUCCUCCGGUGGGGCUGCUGGUGAGGAGAGGGCCAUGGGAGGAGGCAGGGAUGGGACGACGGUGUGUGUGCCCACAGAGAGAGCUUCAAGUGCCGCCUCUGGCACGCAUGCCAUAGGUUCGCCACCACUGUGCUAGGAGAUGUUGCUUUUCUUAUCUGGGCACAAUUCUUGUAUUGUGUUAAGUAGCAACCUGGACCCUGGAAACUCCACUGUGGAAAAUGCAGAAUCCUGUUUUCAAGCAACUGUCUUGUUUAGUAAACACACCAAUGUGCCAAUUUUUCCUUUGUUUAAAUUUGGCACGGGAUAACUUUUUAUAGAACUUACUCUUUUAUUACACCUUUUUAAUAUUGGUUGCAGCAUCUUGGCUUCCUCUUUUGUUUUGUUAAAUAAAGUAUCACUGUGUAGGAAGCCCCGACUCCCCAGAUUAAAAUAUUCUUUAUUCUUAAUAUUAAAAGAGGCAGGAUAUUAUAUUUUCCCAGAGGAGAAAUGGAGAAAAAUCUUAAGAAAGAUAGAAAACAGCCCCAGUCUUUCUUAAUAGGCCUCAAGUAGAAGCCUCAAGUCUUUAGAGAUGGAUAUUUUGUACCUAUUAAGAAAGACUGGGCUAAUCUAAUCGUAAACAAAACACCUUCAGCCCCCACAGCUGAUGGGGUUAAAAAAUUACAUUCCUCCACCCAAAUUCUAAGGGCAGGAUAUGAUUUGUUGAAGGAAAAAUCUUCAUCAGAGUCCAGUCCAAGCUGUGAAUAAACAAAAUGGAGACUCCUUUAGAAAGAAGGUUGCAGUUUAUUGAA